GAUGACAGUGAAUGUAGAAUAGUUAACAGUGAAGGCAGCGCGACAGUGAACACACCAAGACAGUUAACGUGCCACAACAGUGAAGGCAGCAUGGCAAUAAACACACCUUGACAGUGACGGCACCGUGACAGUGAACAUACUUUGACGGUAAAGGCAGCAUGACAGUGAACAUACCACAGUAGUGAAGGAACAAUGACAAUAAACAUGCCUUGUCAGUGAAGGCAGCAUGAAAGUAAAUGUUUCAUGACAGUGAAGGCACCAUGGCUGCACUCUACCUGAUUAGCGGCAUUUGCUGCUCGUGCCAAGCUGCCAUAAACCACAGCUAACGUUAUUUGCCAGUGCCUAGCUGGUGGAAAAAUGUCUACUGGCAAAAGAAUGAAGAAGAGGAAACUCUCAGAGGAACGUAUGGACAAAGUCUUUGAAUUUUCUCCGAAUAUGAGGAAGAACCGUAGUGUUUUGGAAGACGACCUCCAAGAAGGCGAUGAAAAUGAGAGUAUAGACAUAUCCUCGAAGAAAAGAUACUAUGCUGACUUUAAUGAGGACAAUGCAGCCUGUGCUCUUGUUGGGAAAGAAGUGCAUUCUAUGUUGGAGCGCUUUGGUGGUGACAUUAGCAGGGUGAUGCAGGCCAAGAGGAAGUGUCUGGAAAGUCUGACCAAAACCUACGUGAACGGAAGUCAGCACAAACUGGAACAACUGUGGAACACCUAUCACAGGCAGCGGCAGAGGAUAACUCAGGAGCACUCCCAGCAGGUGUCAUCCGUGCUUCAGCAGUGGGAGACAGAAGCUCAGCGAGUGCAGGAGCAGGAGGAGAAGUUCAACAAUCUGCUCAGACAGCAACAGAAGGUCCUUCAGCAGACAAAAGUCCUUCAGAACCAGAAACUUGUGGCGGUCCGGGAGCUGUAUGCGCAGUUUGUCAAGAACACGGACGAGAUGGAGAAAAGCCACAAGGACUUCCUGCAGGGGGCUCAACAAGAACUGAGGAAGGAGAUGGCCACCUUGCAGAAGAAAAUCCUCAUGGAUACGGUGAGCCAACGUCCUCAAGUUUGUGCACUCAACUGCAGCAACAACAGGAAAUGGCCUCCGUGCGCAAGUCGCUGCAAUCCCUGGUCUUCUAGCCUGCGGUUACCAUGCGGAUGGUUUAAUGUUUUGUCUUUUGUCUUCUUCUUGUGAGCCUGCUCGGUAUGUUUUAUAAAGUUGAUAAAAGUCUUAUUCGAUCAGCUUGAAGAGAAUGUGUUGUCAGCAGAGUGGCUUCUAUGCGGCGCUAUGUUCAAAGUGUUUGGAAAAAAUGUUGUUAGGUAGUAUUUCUUAUUGGAUUAUAUUUUUGUUUUCUGAUUGUUUGGCAUGUGUACUCUUAGCUCAGUGGAAGUUAAAUAAAUGUAGCACCAACACAUUCAGUGCUUUAUUUAUCUAUUUUUAUUUAGAAAUAUUUAUCCUGCAUAAUAAACUAUGUAGGCUGGUUAUUAUUGUAUAUUCAUAUUUUAAGUAAUACAGGCGCAAUCAUUCUUUCAAGUAGUGUUUGAUUUGAUUUUUGUGUUUGUUUUAUUUUGUUGUUUUUUUUUGCUGAAAUUGUAUUCAUUGAGUUUGUUCUAAGGAUGUUCGCUUCCUUUUAGGACAUGAAGUUCAUACCCGAAAGAAGGUUUCAACACUCUGAUGCCUAACCGUAAACUCUUGAGUUGAUUUAACCCGAGAUUGGAAACUUCUUGGAAGUUUUUGGUUCCAGAACAGCUGAUCUGAGUUAGUUCAAUCAAUCCCGAGCAUGUUCACUUUGAGUUAAGUUAAGUAUGGAUGAACACAAUACAAAGCCAUCAUCAAUGGAGCCCUGAUACUACAAUUCACCAUGGCAGCUAGAAAAAGGUCUUUAUAACCCCAUUGGAACUAGAUUGUACACUUUACGUAAGCCCUUGGUUUCCAAUCAUACAGUAUACACUCACUCGCAUACUCAAGUUUUCACUAAACCCGCUUUCUGGAAUACAUCCCUGAUUUGUGAUUUGAUUUGCCCCCAGACUACAAGGAAAUAAAGUACAGUAUAGUGUUCCCAAAA